GUGCCACUUUCAGGUCUCCUCACACUGCUGGUGUGUUCCAUUUUUUGUCAUAGGGUGCUGGCAGAUUACGGGCCUCCCAUAGCUGCUGCCAGGCCCCUAAUCUGCCAUGGGCCCCUGUACCGCCUCCUCAUGCUGCUGCCAGGUCCAGAGUCUCUCAUGGGUCCCUGUACGGCCUCCCAUUGCUGCUGUCUCCAUCGCCACACUCUGCCAUGUGCCACUUUCAGGUCUCCUCACACUGCUGGUGGUUUCCAUUUUUGUCAUAGGGUGCUGUAUGGCCUCCCAUUGCUGCUGCCUCCACCGCCACACUGUGGCUCCACACUCUGGUUUUGGCCCCGUGACUGCCCAAAUGAGUGAAGUGUGCGGUGAUUCUAAGAUCGACGGCACUCAUCUGCAUGUCAUACUG